CGGCCAUCUUUUUAAAACACAAACAAGAAGGAGCGAGCGAGAGAUAGAUAAACACGCAGCGAGUUUGAAAUCCAGCGGGGGAAUAGAAAUACAGAAUUAACACACCAGAGCUAUAUCAGGAGUUGAAAGAAAAUUAAAUAAGAAAAAAACACAAUCAGAAGCACGGUGAUUCUUCUUUAUUUUUUUAUUUUUUUUUUUUCUUUUUUUUUUUUUCUUUGCUAUUUGGAAUUGUCACCUAAAUAAAUUAUAAUACUGCAGAGAGAUUGUGGCAACAGAGCUGCCGGUGGAGCCCAUUGUUUCUGACUCCUACCGUAACAUCAGCACAGGUUUUGGGACGUUGCCUGUGGCUAAAAUCUUCAGAAUCUACCUGAGGAGAGUAAUAUGGCUGCUGAAACCCUCAACUUUGGACCAGAAUGGCUCCGUGCACUCUCCAGUGGAGGGAGCGUUACGUCCCCACCUCCCUCUCCUGCAAUGCCAAAGUACAAGCUAGCGGAGUAUCGCUAUGGGAGAGAGGAAAUGUUAGCACUUUAUGUAAAAGAAAAUAAGUUUCCUGAUGAGAUGCGGGAUAAGGAGUUUGCUGCUAUACUCCAGGAGGAUCCCUUACAACCUCUAGCUCUGGUACCAUUAACAGAAGAAGAACAGAGGAACUUUUCCAUGUCUGUGAACAGUGUGGCUGUGCUGAGGUUAAUGGGGAAGGGAGCUGGAGCUGUUCCAACUGGAGUGACCAGAGGGCGAGGCAGCAAUAGAGGCAGAGGUCGAGGGCGUGGAGACAGCGGUUUCUACCAAAGAAGUAUUGAAGAUGGUGAAGUUGGCUUUGGCCGCAGUGGGCGGGAAAUCCACAGAAGCCAGAGCUGGGAUGACAGAGGAGAAAGACGGUUUGAAAAGAGAAGAGAUGGAGCAGGUCGCACUAACUUUGAUGAGGCUGGCCCUAGUGCUCGUAAAGAAUAUCCACGGUCAGACAGUGAGAAUUGGCGGACUCUCCGGGAAGAGCAUGAGGAAGAUGAUGGCAAUGAAGGGGGAGGCAGCUGGAGACUUGCUGGAGUCAGGAGGGAAGAGGGUGCUCCUCGCUCUGCUGGCUGGCGUGAGCAUGGGGGAGAGCGACGUCGCAAGUUUGACUUUGAUUUCCGGGAGCAUGGAGAUGAACGGGGAGGCCGGCGGUUGCGGUCAAACAGCGACAGUUUUGAAGAUGACAAGGAUGGCUUGCCUGAAUGGUGCAUGGAUGAUGAAGAUGAUGAGAUGGGCACGUUUGAUUCCUCUGGGGCCUUUAUGUCACUCAAGAAGACCUCAAAAGAUCCCAUUCCAGAAGAGCAGGAACUAGAGUUCCAGGGUGUAGAGGAGGAAGAAGAAGAGAAGGCAGAUGGGUAUAAAGAUCCCCAGGAGUUUGGCCUUGAAACUGAGCAAAAAGAUUCAUCAGAGAAAGAUCUACCUGAGGUUGCCGAAAGUGACGGGAAGUCUCCAGAGCCAUCAUCCCCAUCCCCAUCCACAGUGUUAGUUAGUCAGGGCCCAAGCUUGCAGUCCUCUGUCGCUGAAAGUGAAUCUCCUCUCCAGGAAGUACUUCUUGCUGAGCCAGACACUGCCACAGACAAGGGAAUCAAGCUUGUCACUGAUGAGUGUGUACCGCUACCAACAGCUGCACAGCUGAGUCCUGCCACUUCUUCCACUCUCUCUUCCUCUCCUCCCUCAACCUCUGCUGCUAUUGAAUUUACUGCUGGGGGAGACAAUGAGGAUGAUGAUGGGAUGAACCACCUGCAACAGGAAGCAGAGAAAAUGGUGGCCUCUCUGCAGGAUAACUCCUUGGAAGAGGAGCGUUUCACACAGACCAUGCAGGAAAGCAGGAACACGGCAGCUGCUUUGCCUCUUUCCCAUGAGGCAGCUAUGAAGUGGUUCUAUAAAGAUCCACAGGGAGAGAUUCAAGGACCAUUCACUACCCAGGAGAUGGCAGAGUGGUUCCAGGCUGGAUAUUUCACAAUGACCCUCCUUGUAAAACGAGGUUGUGACGAGGGCUUUCAGCCCCUAGGAGAGGUCAUUAAAAUGUGGGGACGAGUGCCUUUUUCACCUGGACCAUCACCACCCCCACUGCUGGGUAACAUGGACCAGGAGAGGCUGAAGAAACAGCAGGAGCUUGCCGCUGCUGCCCUCUACCAGCAGCUCCAACAGCAGCAGCUGUUCCAGCUCAUUAACAGCAGACAGCAGUACACACAAUGUGCACUACAGCAGAAGGCAGCUACAGGGGACCUGACACCACAGCAGCAGCAGCAGCUUACUUUAUUCCUGCAGGCCCUCAAAUCAAGGUGUGGGGAGCAGGGUAUGAUUCCUUCGAUAAACAGAUCAAUGUCAGUGCCAGACACAGGCUCCCUAUGGGACAUGCAUACCUCAGCUUCACAGCAGCCUGGCAGUGAAGCCAUUUUGUGGGAUUUAACAAUUAAUUCUUCUACUCAGGGUCCAAUUCUAGAACAGCUUCAACUAGAGAGACAAAAACUUCAGCAAGAGCGACGAGAUGCAGAACUCAGGGCUAAACGAGAGGAAGAAGAGAGAAAAAGGAGAGAGGAGAAACGCAGGCAAGAAGAGCAAAAGCGAAGGGAGGAAGAAGAGCUGUUUAGAAGAAAACAAUGUCGUCAACAACAAGAGCUGAUCAUGAAGUUGUUACAGCAGAGUCAGCAGCAGGUUGUGGCUGCCCAGCAGCAGAGCUCCCCUAGUGUAUGGAAUAACAUGCCCAAACAAAAUAAGACGAUACUGGAAAUGGAAGCCGAACGGCAGCUACAAAAAAGAGCCCAGCAACAGCGAUCGCAUGGCAGUAUGGGCAUGGGCAGCGGCGGUGUUUCCAGCAUGUCUGGGCAAUGGGGUGCUGAUGCCAGCUCCAUGUGGGUUGGAGGGCAUGAAGGCAAAAACAGCAGUAUGGGACUGUGGGAUGAAGCCUUGAAGAAUCAAGGGGCUGGUCUCCGCGGUAUGGGCUUGAAGAACAGUCGCAGCAGUCCUUCACUCAGUGAGCAGUAUGUGAUCAACAGGCGUAAAAAGACUGAAGAAGAGGAAAAACUGCUCAAGCUGCUUCAGGGAAUGAAACCCCAGGAUGGCUUCACCACAUGGUGUGAACAAAUGCUUCAUGCCCUCAACACUACCACCAGUAACAUUGAUGUUCCAACAAUUGUUUCAUACCUAAAGGAAGUAGAGUCUCCUUAUGAGGUCCAUGAUUUCAUCCGCUCCUAUCUGGGAGAUACUCUGGAAGCCAAAGAGUUUGCCAAGCAGUUUCUUGAGCGCCGUGCCAAACAGAAAGCCAACCACCAGAGACAGCAGCAGCUGUCAAAGGAAGUAGCAGGGCUGGCAGUGAACUUCCCUUUGCAGGAUGCUAUGAGAGGCCUGAAUCCCAACAGCCUGCAAUCCAUGUUCCAGUCCAGUCAUAUCUCCAAGCAGGCAGCCUAUGAGAACAGUCAGGCCAAUAAGAUGAAAAAGAAACAGCCAGUGAUGCUGCACUCUGAUCCCAGUAUCCUAGGCUACUCUUUUCACAACCCUUCAGACCGGCUGAACCUAGGAGAGAUUGAGCCUGUGGAGGACUACUGAACAUAGCAAUAGGAAUCUGCUGCCUUCAUCAUUUCAGUCUUAGCUGAAGAAGUGCACUGUAGCUAGGGUGUCUGGGGAUUUCUUCUCCAGUCUCUGACCCACAGCGAGAACGAGAGGGCCACUUGUUUCACUUUUUCAAUGAAAGGAAGAGAGAAAAAAAGUAACCCUCUGGGCACUUGUCUAUUACACAAAGCACCUUAAACUAAAGCACUUUACUUUUUUUUUUUUUUUAAACUAAAGACAGAAAAUUUGUGAAACUGGAUUUUUUCCCUUCUAGGGAUUUUUUUUGAUGUGUUUUGGUUUUAUUUUUAUUUUUUUUUUUUUGAAAAUCGAUUUUUGGGAGGGGGGGACAAAAACACUGUUUUAAAGUGAACUGAAGCUAUUCAAAAUGGAUUUAACAGAAACUUGAAGAAUUGCACUUAUAAACAAAAAUGGAUUAUUUGUGUAAAUUGAUAUUUUUUUGUGUGAAUCAUUUGUUGGUGUGCACAAUAUAAUUUUUUUCAUAGCUUUUGAAGAGUUGGAAAAAAUAUGCCAUUUUGUUUAAAUGAGAAUUUAUAUUUGUGUGUAUGUGUGUGUGCACGCGCGCGCGAGUGUGAGGCUGGUAUGUUUUCUUGUGGACAAGCUUUGAAUGAACAUUGCUUAAUGUGUGUAUGUAAAGAGGGAAAUUGCACAAUGCAUCAUUCCUUUCACCAGCUAUUGGUCCCAGAAAUUCAUUGUGUGUGUAUGUGUGUAUUUAUAUAUGUAUGUGUUCAUAUAUAUAUAAAUAAGAGAUGAAAUUGCAGACUUUUUGAUAACUUGUUAAAGGGUUGGGAAGGUUGAGGGAGGGGAGAUCUCAAAUAAAUCUCAUUUAAUUAUAGACCUAUUGAAGAACAUUCUUUUAUACUUCUGUUUGCAUAUUUUUUUCAUUUUGGAAAAAGGCAAACAGCUUUUUUUUUUUUUUUUAAUUAAAAGGACAACAAGAGAGUUCCUCUGUACUGAACUGCAACCCCUGCUUUUGAAUGCAUGGUGCUCUGGGGUGAUAUUAUAUACACACCAUCCCAGCAGCAUCUUUUGUGUGUGUGUUUGUUUUUUUGUUUUGUUUUUUUUUUUUUCUUUUUUAAGUGAAGGAAACCGGACCUUUUUCUCUUCCCUUAAAAAUAUAUGUUGUUUCACAUUGUGACUUUGGACAUUACCUUGUGUUGCUGGUGUGUGGGUGUGUUGUUAUUUUUUUUUUUUUUUUUUUUCUUUUUUGGGCUUGAAUGUGUAAUGUGUGUGCGUUUUUUAAAACGUCAGUCCAGAAAUGCACUUAAACUUUUUUUUCUGGGACAGGAUUAUUGCCUUUUUGAGGGGAGGGGGGAGUUUAUGGACAAUGAAACUUUACUUUUUCUUUAGCUAUUAAGACAACGAAGCGAAAGCCUGCUCUUUCAGAAAUGGGCAGAUGAUAUAUUUUUUUUUGAUGUUGCUAUUGGUGAUUUUAUAUAUAUAUAUAUAUAUAUAUAUAUAUAUAUAUAUAUAUAAUUAGUAUUCUUAGAACAUUAGCACUUUGGGACUGUAGGCAUCCGACUCCACAGAGUGCGUUUUUAAGCAUUGAAUGUAUUAACACACAGGACUAUACUUUUCAGAGUCCACAGGAGGGGCUUAUUCAAUUAUUUAACAGAAAAAAACUGCUACUGUGGAGCUGCUCCUUUGCCUGGGCUAUGUAUGAAUCUCCACAUCUUGAAUUCCUGAAUUGAGCUUGGUUUACAUUCAACUUGGAUUUAAAGUGUUUAAAGCUUAUGGAGGGGAAAAUUGGAACGCUUACAAUAAAUGAAAAUCCUUAUCCAGGAGUGGAUUCCCUGUUUCUACAAUGUGACGAUAGAGCUCUGUUGAAAUCAUUGGAAAAUGGACAUCGACUGGUCUUGGUUUCUCAUGAGCGUGGCAUACAUGUUUACUGACAUUUUUCCCCAUACUUCCCCCACUCCUGCCAUUCGCUUAUACUACAACUUUUCAGCAAAAGGAUAUUUUGGUAAAUUAGAAAGUUAUCAGAGAGGGGUGGGGGAAGUUAUUUUAUUUGAUGUUUUUGCUUUAAAAGAAGAAAAAACUUUUUUACGGUGUUAUUAUACAAAUAAAUCAAAAUGAAAAAAAAAUUAAAGACUGAAAAGAAAUAUAUAUAUAUGUGUGUGUAUAUAUAUAUAUUACAAGUCUACUCAAAGACAGGCAAUUGUUUAGUUUGGUUGAAUUUUCUUUUUUCUGCCAAGACAAUGGAUGCUCUUAAACUGUCAAAAGCUACAUUUUGUCAAAGGGGCUUUUUUUUUUUUUUCUUUUUUUUGUAUUCUCUUAAUUUUCCAACACCUUUUUUAUGAAGAUACAACAAAGUUGACAGCUGCUUCAUAACUGUUACAUAUGAAAAAGUAAAGAAUCUUGGAUGGAUUUGAGUCCUAUUUCAACAGUUGGUUGCUUUCACUUUUUGUGAUACACAGUAAAUCAGUCUUUUGACUUACAUGAGUCUUCUCAUUGGAUGAAGCUCAUUUUGCAAAUGGCAUAUGAAUAUGAAUGUUACAGAGGUGGCCUUUAAUCUCUGGACUGAACUUUACCCUCAUCCUGCAGAUAAGCAAUGGAACUUGAAAGGGUUUUAGAACUUGUAUGGGAAAAAAGGAUUUAUUAACAAUUUGGACACAUGACUCCUGCAUGAAACUACACUGCUCUGCUACACAGAAAUACUUUAGAGGAAAAGAUGCACACUAUAUCCUUUGGAUUUUUUGUCUGCUGAAUCCUAGUCUGCGCCCUCCUUUGUCGGAGAAAAAAAAAAAAGAUUUGCUAUGAAAAAUCAAGAGGCAUUCAUUAUGCAAAAUAUUGGAUAUAGUGUUAACUUUCUGAUGACUUCUGUGAAAUUGGGGCACUGACAUAAAAUGCCUUUCAAGGAUCAUGCCUCUUCAGGGGUUAGCACCUCUUUUUGUGCUUAGCUGACCUUGACACACCCCCAAGUUUUGAAAAACUAAACCUGCAGGGACUUGAAAGAUCAUAAGGUGACUUAAAGUGCCACGGAAUCCAGCGGCUGUAAGAUAUGUCUGUAUCUGCCUCCCUUGCAUUGCCAGUGGAUUGAAGGACAACAUACAUUAAUAAGUUGAUAAUUAUAAUAUGCACAAUGUUCUGUGUGUUUUUUUUUUUCUUCAUUUUUUUUUUUGUGCCCACUUACCCCCAUCCCAUUUUACAUUAUUUUCUGGAUCAGGGUACGAAAUUGUUUUCUUUUGUUGCUUUUGCACCUCAGACCCUACCUGUUUCCCUCAUGACAGUUAAUAACUGCACGAUAAGGAACCUAUUUGUAGGUCCUGCCCUAAUCUCCUUGGCUUCUUCCGUUUAACAGUAUCUGAAUGAUAAAGGGGCUCCAUGUCAAGAUGGGAGAGAAACAGAGCAAUAGACUCAUCAGCCAAACUUUUCAGCUGUAGGACAACCAGCAGUUGAUUUUUGGAUAUGGGAGCCAAGUGCUUGAGAUUUCUGUGGCCUGGAAAUAAAACAACAGAACUUAAAGUCAGAACAUUGUAUAAAUGUUUCUACUGUAAAUAAUUAAUCUUUUUGUUGAAAAGGAGUAAUUCCAUCAUUUCUUUAUGUUCACAUGGCCUUAAUUGUACAAAGACACCCUGUGGUGCAAAAAGUCAUUUUUAAGACAACAAAAAAGGCUUCUGUUGAAGGGGAAAAUUUGAUUUUAAAAAAGGAAAACACAGAAGUGAAAAUUGACUGGAUUUUUGAAUUUGGAAUUCCAUCCCAAUGCACAUCCUUUCCACCUCUUCCUCCAAAAAAGAUUAAUGAUUAUUGCUGAAUAAAGAAAGAAAACAAAGCGAGCUUAAUGCUUGUUGCCUGUAUGUAGCGAAGUAUCUGAAGGUCUUGUCAUAACACCUGAUUUUUCUUGCAGUCAUCCGUUAUGUCCAGUUACUACACAAGCAAGGUAACUCUAUCCCAUGAGACCUCUCAUGGUCUGACCCUUAUCUCUGAAUCUUGUAUUGUCUCAUUAAAAGCUUGCUCUGGUGACUCUGUUCCACUUUGCAUUUAUUUUUUUAAGAGGUUUGUGCCAUUGGCUGUUUUAUUUAAGCUGCUCAAUUUUGCAGCUGAUGGUACGUGACAGUAGCUAGUAGGCAGCUCUUCCCUGAGCAGGAACAGUGGAUAGACAUUGACUUUUUUCAUUUGAGUCCCACCACUUAAACAUUUCCUUUUACUGCUUAACUCUUAAUACUCAUAACUGCUUCUAGUGAAUUCUGGUACCCCUAUACAAUGUAUUGGCAUUAAUUUUCACUAAGGCCUCCUGAUACUUAGUUUGCCUUCAGUCCAUCUUUUUGGCACUGCUUUUCUUUUUGUUCAUAAGUUAUCUUUUUACUGAUGACAUUAUUGGCCACAUAUAUUCAAUAUUUUGAAUUGAUUUAUGUUAAUUGCACCCCAGUGUGCUUUGAAGUUUGCCACUUUCCUGUGAAGGUAACAGUUGCCUACCUAGUUUUGUGCUUGUGAAAAGGUUUAAACAUAAUGCAGGCAGGGACAUUAUUACUUUUCUUUAAUAAGAAAUGGGGUUAAUAGAGGGUUUUUUUCUGUUAUUUGCUGGUUUAAUGUCUCUAGUGUGUAAUGAAACCCAGUCAAUAUAUUUAAAUUGUUUUUGAAUUGUUCUUUUGAAGCGUAACCAAGAAUUUGUGAAUAAUGUGAAUUUUCAUUCCUUAUAAAAUGGGGUGGUAUACCUGUUUGUUGCUGGAUAUUGUGUGCUAGAAAGGUAAGAAGAUUAUAAAUGUGUUUUUCUUUUCAUCUGUUGAUGUUUGGUUUGUCUUUUUACCAAUGCACCAACCAGCUAGCUAAAAUCCGCAGGGCCGUUUUAACCUUCUUAGGUAUCUUAAGUAACGACUUUAAAGAAUUUUUUCAUGUGAACUCCUGUAAAGUUUCACGGUUUCAGACACUCAAGUUACAAGCUUAAUUUUUUUUUUUUGUACCCCCCAAUCCCGUACCAAACAUCUCCCACCAACCCCAGCCCCCCCUACCCCCAGACACCCACCCCCCAUCUCCAUGGAGCAAGUAGUUACAAAUCUGUGUACCUGUGCUGGCAUUCAGCUACAUUAGUGCCUUUUCAUGUUUCUCCCUUGUUGCUGUUCCUGGUUAUUCCUUUGUACUUGGGGACAAUUUGGAAUUCAAGUCCAGUUUAGCUUGUUUUGCAAAAAGCAUUAAAGUUUGUACUUUGGAUGAGUAAAGUUUACAGAUAACCUCCCUUAAUGUUAAGUAUGUAGAGUGACUUUUUCUGUAAAGACAGUUGAUCCAUUUUAGUUAAAACACUACUGCUACUCUGAAAGUUUUAACUGCAAGAGAGUGGCUCUGAUAGCUAUAAAUGUUUAUAUUAAUAUGUGUACGUACGUGUAUACUUUUUUUUUUUUUUUUAAUUAAAAGUCAGUGUUGACUAGAUUGUUUAAGCAACUUGUACAGUUUAUGCUCAAAGUAUUACGGUAAGAUUGCCUUAUUUCUUGAAAAUAAUAUUCUUCUCCGGUGGCUUGAGAUAAUGGAGAGUUGUUCUUUGGAAUGCAGAUUUUUACAGUCUUUUAUUAAGAGUACAUGAAGGUGUUGACAUAGCCACAUGUAGGUUUGUGAAAAUGAAGUGUUAUUACUACAAGUAUGGAAUAAGGAAGCAUAGUGUCGUCUUUCAGGAGUUUUUGACAUCAAAUAUGCCGACCGCUGUAUUGUUUUGCUGGCUAUCCCAAACCCCACUCCCCAAACUGCAAACACACACACUUUCUGUCAAGCUUGGAACCUUUCAGCAGUGUAUCAUUUUCAAAAUCUGGAUAAAGGAUGGAAGUAUAAAAAAGGCUCCAGUGACUCUCUUGGUGAUGGUCCAGAAGAUUUUUAAGAAUCACUCAAUGGUAUUUUUAGUUUGCAUUUGUUGAAAAGGCCAUUAUGUUAUAAUGUUAUCCUCGGGCAGCUUAUUUUUUCUCAUUGCACAUAUUUGUUUAAAGCAGGAAUAUUAAUUAGCAGGCCCCACGCACUAGACAAAAUGCUAAACGUUUUUUUUUUUCUUUUGUUAACAAAGCUUAUUUUUGGUGCUGUGUCCCAUAUAAUUUAAAAUGUGACAAUUUCAGCAGUUUUAUUUUUCCCCUUUUAUUAAUGGAUGCUAUUGGUUAAAGUAUAUGUAAUAUGUAAGUUGAUGGUACCAUGCUGGCUUAUAAGAUUACAUGCAUGUUAUAUUGCAGUAAUAUUCGCUCACAUCACUUGCUUACAUUUUAGUCAUUUAAGGAAAUCUGCUGACAGUAAAUGUAUUGUUUUCAUAGCUGUUUUCUGACAUUUUGAUGAUUUUUGCGUCCUUAAUUUUGAGAGAUCUUUGUCCAGUAAGUGGCUUGUCUACCUAUAAAGUCUUUUAACGGGUAAUUCACCACUUGUACAAAACUGCUAGUGAUUCAAUUCUGAAAUAUCUUCUCAGCACCUUAGUUGAAUAGCUGGACAUUUGUAGAUUCAACUACCAUCUCAGUUAGGUGUCUGGCAGUGUAACUGAGGAGACGAGCUUCAAGUACUUAAGUUCUUUAUUUAAUGUCGACAGAAUUAAAUGAUCUGUUGGGAGAUUUAGGUUUUCAUUUUCUGUUUUCUUAAUAUUGUGGUAACAUAUGCACUCAGAACCUUUUGAUAUGCUUUUAUUUGAAAUAUUAAAGGUCCUUAUGUGUUUUUGUACCAAUAGUGUUGUAAGUCAAUAUUAAAUAUGCAAAUAUAUUCACUGUGAUCCUAGCAGCUUGAGAUAAAGCUGGACUGUGACUUUGUCUUUUUCUGAAAUCUAAAGGCUUAGACAAAAGUAUGGUUUAAUAUCAUUGUUAUAUGAAUAUAGUUAGGUUAUAAGCUGUUUUUCUAACUGCAUUUUACUGGACAUCCAAAAAUCAAACUGUUCUUAAUUUUUUUUUUUUAAAGUAAUGGGUGACUUUUGUUUUGAAAUGACCUUAUGUGCACACCUAGUGUGCUCUUGUGGACCAUCAAGCUAUUUAACUUUUCUCCAACUUUGCAUAUAAGUUUAAACUAUUCGUUAAGAUUAGAGUAACAGAAGCAUUUUAUUUUUAAUUUCCAUGUGCUUACAGUACUUUGUUAAUAAUUUAUUCUUAGAAAUCUGCACAGUUGUAUUUGUAAAACAACUUUUAUGCAUCCAUCUGUGCACAUCAGAAUACUUUGUUCUCCCUUGUAGAUUUUACAUUGCUUAAUUGUCUACUGUAUUCAAUGGGCACUACUCAUUUAAGGCCUUUUUACAUCCUAAUAUUACAGGUGGUCUCAUUUAACCAUUUCAGAAAUUUGUCUCGGUAACACAGUUUAUUGUAGUUUUGCGGUUACAUUCUUCAUCCAGAUAUUUAGAUUUUUUUUGUUCUCCUGCUUACAUCUUAUUGCGUUUCACGCAACUUUGUAGAGCAUUUGUCUGGCAUGCAACAAUUUGACUCAAUGUUCCUUUAAUUUCAUAAAGAAAAAUUGGCUUUGACGAGGAAAAACAUUAAUUCUAGGUUUAAUCCUAGGUUUGUAUAAAAAUACAAAAAUAAAUGGAUCAUAAUUCCUUAGUCGAUGAAUGUAUUAAUUUGUAUGCAAUGAUGAUUAUUUACAGUUAAGACCACACUGAAUGCAGAACGUUUUCACAAAAUUGUCUUGCUGCUUUUUUUUUUUUUUUUAUUUUAUUUUAUUUUGUAAUUCUUUUUGGAUGGGAGCGUGACGAUAUUCUACACACUUUAAGAUGGAACCUUUGUAUGCAGCCUACAUUUGUGGCAAUGAAGGCUGACCUUUUUGUUACUUUUUGAUAUCUGUGAUACAGGUCAUCUUGAAUAGUGCUCAUUGCAAAGUACUUCACAUUGAUGUGAAAAUUGAUACUUUAUUAUUUCACCCUCUGUUUUGUUUAGUUGUACAGCAGGGUGUCCAUUGAGUAUUUCAGGGAGAACCAAAGGAUUCAACACACUUCCCCAUCCUCUAAUAACCCCUAAGGUUUGGUGCUUAAAUUUGAAAUAGAUAAAUGAUUUUCUACCUUUUCACAAGCCACUGUUCCACUGCUGUUUAACAUUGUGAAUGUUUUGGAAAUUGUUAAUACAAGUGAAAAAAAAUGUAAAUAGUUCCCACAUCCCCUUUGUCAUGAUCAACAAAAAAAUAAAUAAAUCAAAAGGAAGUGAAAAU